UGGAGAGGAGGAGGCGGCGGCGGCGAAGGCAGGGCUCCCGCUCUGCUCCGCCCCGCCGGGCGGCUCCUGCUUUUCCUGGGGGCUGCCGCUGCUUGUCCCGGCCCCGCCGCUGCUUGUCCCGGCCCCGCCACCGUUGCUCUUGCCGCCGCGUCCUCCCCCGCCCGGGUGCCCAAAGUUUCUCGCGAGCGGAGUGCAGCGCGGAGGCCCGCCUGGGACUGGGAGCGCCCCGCGGUGGGGAGCCUCGCGGGGCAGGGCGCCCGCCCCGUCCUCUGCCGCCUCGCCCGGGCCGCGUGGCCAGCGGCGCCUCUUCCCUGGCCGGCGCCCGUGCGCCCUCGGUCGCCGCGCCAAACAUGCCGGCCCGCCCGCGGCUUGGGCCCCCGGCCACCGUCGCCGCCACUUGGAGCCGGCCGCUCUUCCUGCUGCUCGUCGCCGCCGCGUCCGCGUCCCCCUCCUCGGCCGAGCCCAGCUCGCGAAGUUGCUCGGAAGUCAAGAGGCUCUACGUGGCCAAAGGCUUCAGCCAGAACGAGGCGCCCAGCCAUGAAAUCAACGGUGAUCACUUGAAAGUCUGCCCUCAAGGCUACACAUGCUGCUCUCAAGAAAUGGAAGAGAAAUAUGGCCAACAGAGCAAACACGACUUCAGAAACGCUUACGUGGAACUUAGUAAUAACUUGCAAGCCACCUUCAAUUCCCGAUACAAAAAGUUUGACGAAUUCUUCAGAGAGCUUCUUGAGAACGCCGAGAAAUCCUUGAACGACAUGUUUGUAAGGACUUACGGCCUCCUGUACAUGCAGAAUUCGGAAAUGUUUAAGGACCUCUUUGUGGAGCUGAAGCGGUACUACACAGGGGGCAGCGUCAACUUGGAGGAAAUGCUGAACGACUUCUGGGCCCGCCUGCUGGAGCGCAUGUUCCGCCUGGUGAAUCCCCAGUACCACUUCUCCGAUGAGUACCUGGAGUGCGUCAGCAAGUACACGGAGCAGCUCAAGCCCUUCGGGGACGUGCCGCGCAAGCUGAAGCUACAGGUGACGCGAGCGUUUGUGGCGGCGCGGACCUUUGCGCAAGGCCUGGCUGCAGCGAGAGAUGUUGUUGCCAAAGUAUCAGCGGUCAACCCUACACCGCAGGGGGUCCAAGCCUUGCUGAAGAUGAUGUACUGCCCAUACUGCCAAGGGUUGGUUGCCGUCAAGCCCUGUUACAACUACUGUUUCAACGUGAUGAGAGGCUGCCUCGCCAACCAAGGGGAGCUGGACACUGAGUGGACUAACUUCAUAGACUCCAUGCUGAUGGUGGCUGAGCGGCUGGAAGGCCCUUUCAACAUAGAAUCCGUCAUGGACCCAAUUGAUGUGAAGAUCUCGGACGCCAUCAUGAACAUGCAGGAGAACAGCAUGCAGGUCUCCCAAAAGGUUUUCCAAGGAUGUGGGCAGCCGAAGAUGCUAGCCCAAAGUCGAACAUCUCGCUCAGUCUCAGAAAGUAGCUUCAGUGCCCGUUUUAGACCUUACAACCCAGAAGAGCGGCCAACCACAGCAGCUGGCACAAGCUUAGACAGACUGGUGACAGAUGUGAAGGAAAAGCUGAAGCUAGCAAGGAAAUUCUGGUCCUCCCUUCCUGGCAAUAUCUGUAGCAACGAAAAGAUGGCCGCCAACAGCAUCAACGAAGAAGAGUGCUGGAACGGGAACGACAAAAGCAGGUAUGUCUUCGCUGUGACGGCGAACGGCCUGGCCAACCAGGCGAACAAUCCUGAAGUGGCAGUUGACACCGCAAAACCAGACGUGGUGAUUCGCCGGCAGAUUGUGGCCCUCCGAGUGAUGACCAAUAAGAUGAAGAACGCCUACAAUGGGAACGAUGUUGACUUUAUUGAUAUAAGUGAUGAAAGUAGCGGAGAAGGGAGCGGCAGCGGCUGCGAGUUGCAGCAAUGUUCCCCUGAAUUUGUGUUCAACAUAACAGAAGUGAAACGGGAUAACAAGCAAAUGGACAAAAUAGCCGACGACGCGGCCGCCAGCAGAGUGGGUCUUUCGGGAGCCGCCUUCCUUGCCAGCGUCCUCAUCUUCCUCGCUGGGCAACGACAGUGGAGAUAACUGUGCCACUUUUUGCUUUUUUGUUUUUUUUAAAGAGGGGGGCAAAAUGACUCUUAUUAAAACAAAACAAAAAAUAGUUAAAAGGCACCUGACCUCACUUUUAUACCAUCUAGUGACUUUUGGGGGUGGGGGUGGGUCAUUUGUAAGUUAACGGACAACAGUGUACAGUUUUUACGGUGUUGCCGCUUUUCCAGCCUUUUGGGAAGGGGAAAACGGAACGCAAGGAUUUUGGACCAGUUAGUCUGACCUGUUGACUGAGAAACCACAAUAAAUGUGGUGGACUAAGUUGUAUAUACAGGCCUGUAAGUUAGCUUUGCUUUUCUUUUUUUUUUAGUUCAGUUCUCUCUCACCUCUCCCUCGCCCCCACCUUUCCUUUAUUUUAUUUUAGUCUCUAUUUCCUGCCAAAAAAAACCAAACUAGAAAAAAACAACCCAGAGUCCUCUCUUGGCAUGUAUCGAGGGUGAUGUCGUUUUCCUGAAAUACGAAAUUAUCUGUACAGAAGCAAAGGUUUCUUUUUUUUUAAUUUAUCAUAUUUCGUGGGCAGUGAAAGAAGCUGCCUCUCAAGCAACAGAAGUCGCUUUGUGUAAUUAAGUUCCCACAUGUCUCCGUUACGCUAGAUGGCUUACCUAAGAGAGAAGAGGGGCUUGGUUUUUUUCAGGGGGGGAGGGAUUCCAAUCUUUAGAACAGAAUGUAAAUGGUUAGGGUUGCACUCCUUCUUGCCGGCUGCAGAAAGCCCUCAUCAUCGCCUCCUCCUCCUCCUCCUCCUCUUCCUCUGCCCACCCUUCCCAAGCAAAUUAUCCAACCACAUUUGUGAGAUCCCCCCCUUUUACUGGAAGAGAUUCCACACUGUUCUAGUGCCCAAUUGUUCCUGGUAGCCCUUCCUCUUGAUGGGUCUUUGACAAGUGGCCCAUCAGCCAAAGCUCUGUUCUGUUGCCUUGGUGUCCUGCUGGAAUUGCCUCUCUGCAAGGAAUCUUGAAAGGGGAUUUGGUGAGAACUGGCCCCAGGUGACAUAUGUUAGAGCAACCUUUCCUAACUUGGUGCCUCCCAGAUGUUGCUGGACCCCAACUCCCAUCAGUUCCAGCCAGCAUGGCCAAUGGUCAGAGAUGAUGGGAGUCUCAGUACAACAACAUCUAGAGGGCACCAGCUUGGGGAGGCUAUGGGUUUACCCUGGGUUUCAGGACCAGAUUUUGGAGGACAGGUGAUGCUGUGAGAUUUCAUUGGGAGGGAAGGCAGGCUGCUGGCACGGGCAGGAUUGGUGGCCUCUCCUUCAAAGUUCCCACUUACCUCUGUCCCCAAAUAUGAAGCUGUGUCACCAUAACUGGCAGCUGUUGAACAAAUGUAUAUUUUUUUAAUUGAAUUUAAAUCACUAGAAAUAGAAUUACACAAGUUAAGUCUGCAGAAAGACUAAAAACUAUUCUGGAAGCUUCUCAUGGCUGAGCAGCCGCUGGCAUCCAGCUGAGUUCCUCCAGUUCUGAAAACAAUUGGCUGAGAGUAAAAAGGAGGAUGAAUGAGCGAAAUGAGAAGGUUUUAUUACAGUCCAGAGCUGUAUUGCAUGGAUUGGGAGGAGGGGGCGUGUUUGGGGUGUUCCGUUCUAUUUUUAUACUGAAACAUUUACUUGGUAGAUAGGGUCAGGAUUGUUGUCAUAUUCCCUCCCCCCCAAAAAACAAUUACCUCUUAAAAGAACUUUUGUAUAAAAGAUGGAAUCAUCUUGGCUUAGAUACUAUAAUAAAAUCAUUCCCCAGAGGCAUAAUAUUUCCAGAAGCAGCCAGUUUAUUUAUUAAAAUGCCAUGUUACUAAACUAGACAUAAUUCUGGCUAGAUGCUUGAUGUUUCUAUUUGUUUCUUCUGUUGUAGAAAGCCGGUCACAAAAGCAGAAGACCUGAGAGAGGUUAUAAUUUUAUGCAUUGUACGGGGUGGGAGGUGGAAUGGAUUGUAAAUAACUAUAUGUUGCUUUCUUGCAAGGAGUUGCAGGGGGAAAAUGUCGAUGACUAAGAAACUACCUCAGUUCUGAGGAAUUUCCCUUCUAGCGUUCUUUUUCUUUUUCUUUUUUUUUAAGUGCUAUUACAUUGAUGAUAAAAAUGCAAGCAGGGCCUUCAGCACUCAGCCAAAGGAGUGAUCCCCUACAGACCUUGCUAGGUUGCUUUUAAUUUAGAGCAUCAAACUAAGCCCAGCUCUUUUCCUUUCAGAUCUCAUCCCUGACAAAGGGAUUUCAGGCUAACCUUUCUGCCAAAAACUCCUAAUCAACUGGAUUUGGAUGUAUAGCUUCCCCCUCCCCUCCUUGUUUUGUCACUUUUUUUUAAGAAAAAAAUUUAAGUGGGCUUAUUAUAUGAAUUUCAGUUGUGAAAUAUCACAAAUCAACCUUAAGCGUGUGGGUUUCUUGGGUGACUCUUAGUAAGGUCUAACUGGAUAACUAUUGCUCUUUUAUUUUUUGGCUAAUGAGCCAAUGAGAUUUAAAUGGGUUGUGGUGAAAAUUGGUUUUUUUUGGGGGGGGAGGAGUUGGGAGAAAUAAAACUGAGCUGAGAGGACAAAAUGGGUUACACAAGAGCCUGGUCUCCAAAAGAAUUAGACUUUUCUGGAGUCUCCGCUUGGGGUCUGUGUAGAAGGCUGGCUCACGUAGCAUCUCCGUUGCUUGACGAUCACGUCAUGUGUGAACAGUUGGUCACCAGGGCAACUUCACUGAAAGAACUUGUGAUAUGCUCUCUCAAGCCCUUGUGAAGUGCCCAGAUGUAGAAAUGGGGGGGGGCACUUGCAAGAGCCCUGCCCCACAAAGCCCUCCCAUGUUAUUUUUAAAAGGCUUGUAAAUUCUGCUCUUUAAAACAAUGACAAAAACACCCCUCCCCCCAAAAAACCUUAAUCCUUUUAUAACUAACAGCCUACUGAUUAUUAUUCAAUAAAUUGUAUUUUGAGAAGGAUGAGGAGAAUUGAGCAACUCAAAGCACCAAAGCCGUAACUGGAACGUGUUUAUUUGGAUGGGCUUUUUCUUUACUUUUUUCCUGACUCCUCCCCCCCCCCCAAAAAAGGUGUCUCCAUUUUAUAAAAGAACGUGUCAUCUCAGAGGCUACAGAAUUCAGAGUAAACAUAGAAUGACAAAA